AUGGAGAACGGAGAGGCUUCCGCGAGUGCGGGCGACGGCGGGCGAGGCUUUCGCGAAGCUCCUUCUCCGGUUUUUGACUCUGCGUUCGACUUUCUCUCGUCGCCCUCUUUUUCUACAUCUCCCACGUCUCUCCCCAUUGCGUCAACGUCGCGCUUGAGUUCGAAUUCGCACUCCGCUGCCUCAACCUCAGCCUCCUCUUCGCCCGUGCACCGACCCUCAGUGUCUCCUCACGCCUCGGCUGGAGCGCGUUCGGCUCCGCGAUCUUCUUCUCCUUCCUCUGCGCCUUUGCGCGGGUAUGACAGCUUCUCAGGUACUAACCGGUCUUCUUCUCUUUCUCCCUCUUUCACCUCGAGUUCAUCGCUUGUGGCGCCAAGCGAUAACCGUCGUCCUCCGACCUCGGCUCGCCCAACGUGGCCGUCUUCGGCUGCCUCGCCGUUUCUGCCAUGCUCGCACUCGACGCCUUGUGCGCCUGGCUCAGAGGCUGAGUUACUCCCCGCGUCGUCUUCCUCUUCCUCUCCUGCUAUUCCGUCUUCAGAUUCGUUCUCACUGUCUCUGUCGUCUCAACCAUUGUCGGCGUCUCGUUUGAAAGGUGUUUCCUCGAGUCGUCGCGCAGCCGCCUCUGCGCGCGCCUUGCCGUCUGCUUCCCCGCCGAGCGCAGAUGCCGCGGCGGCGGACGCUGAAGGAUUUCUCUCCGUCAGCGACCCUCGCCCUGACGGAGAGGCGCGCGCUCCUCUCUGGAGCGUGGGCGGCGCGCAACUCGGUCUUCGCGGACCCUCUGCUUCCUCCGCGACUCCGCCGUCGCACGCCCGUCCCCGCCUGGCUGUCGAAAGCCUGACGCUCGCAGCGCCGACCGAGUCCCCGAGGCUCCCUGCGGGCUUCGGGCCUGCUGCGGCGGUUCGAAUGGAGGCUGCGGCCGCGAGCGCGCCUGAGGCGCGCAGCCGCCCCACAGACGGCGCGCUGCGCGACGCUCUGCGGUCGAGCCUCGCCGCGUCGGAGUUCAACUCGUUUCUGCCGCCGUCGGCGCCGCCCCUGCCACGCGCGCGGGUCGUUGCUGGGAGCGCGGAAGAGCGGCCGGAGGCGAGCGCAGGCGGAGGGAGCGUCCGAGCUCUCUUCGCGGACCUAUCCGAAUACAAGAGCGAGGAGGGACAUGCAACAGCCAUGCGCCGCCGGCACUCUGUGACCAGCGACGACCCUGCGGACAUCUUGGUCUGGGUCUUCGUGCUUGUGCUCAUGAUUGCCUUGGGGAGCGUGAUUUGCCUAGUGACGCGGCACUGGCGGCGCGCGAUGGAAGGUCGACGCAGCCGCGAGCGGAGCAACGGCACCGCUCAGGGCAGCCCGCACAUCUCCGCUCCCGACAUCUUCGCCGGAGGCAACAGCCGCGAAUGGGACCCCGUCGUCUGGCACAUCGAAGGCUCGCCGGCGGCCGCGAGUGACGCGCGCGGCGAAGAGGCGCCGGGCGGCAGCGGCAUUCUCUUCACUGAGUCGGGCGUCCCAAUUUUGGGCCUUUUCCGCAUUGUGGGCGUUCCCGCCGCGGCGGAGGACGAGACGCGGAGAGACGAGCGAAACCGGGGCUUGCUCGCGCCCGACGGCGGCGAGGAAAUCGACGCCUGGUGCUCUGCGCGACCCUACGCCACGAUCUUUUCCGCAGGCUCCCAGGAGUUGAGCGCGGUGGUGACUUCUGCCAGCCAGCCGACCUACACCGAGCGCGCGCGCGGCCUGGAGCAGGAGGCGGGUGCCCGCGCGCUCGCGCCGGCGUCUUCAGCCUCGUUUUCCGCCGGCGGCGACCUGCCGCGGGAAGAGAGCUUGCUGUCGCCUCGCCACGUGCCUGUGACGGCCUCUUCGUCCUCGUUGUCGCGCGACGCCCGCACGUCACCGCCAGAGGCCUCCGCGCCUGCGAACGGAGCCCCCGCGGCGGGCGCGGAGGCGGCCGCCGCGCCGGCGGAAGGCACGGGCGAAGAAGACAGAGAAGUAGAUGCGGUGCGGGCGGCCGCAGAGGGGGGUCCGAAAGCGACGCGACCAGGAAACUGCGCAAUCUGCAUCGAGGACUUCGUGCCCAGCGCUCUCGUACGCGUCCUGCCCUGCGGCCAUGUUUUCCACCGCAGCUGCAUCGACUCUUGGUUUCUGCGCUCCUCGGUUUGUCCUCUUUGUCUUCACGACUACCGCCCUGAGUCGCCAUCGCCUUCGGUCUCCGCGCCCGUCAACCAGGAGCCGCUUCUUCACUCGUCUCUCGUCUCUCUGCCCUCCUCGUCUCAGCUGCGCGCGCCGCCGAACGUGAUUGCCUUUCGCACUGCGUUUCCUUCCGCGGCGUCCUCCGCGGUGCCGCUGCACCCGCUGCUUGGCGCGUCGCCGCCGUUAGUGUUGCGUUCUUCCUCCUCUGUGCGGAGUCUGUCGCGGCGCGGCGGCGCGCACUCGCUGCAGCUCUUCACGCAACACGAGAGCGAGGCCGCUCUCGAGCGAACGCAUCCGCUGCCUGCCUUCGUCCUCCCCCUCGGCGCACACCGCGGCGCAGGCCGCAGUGGUCGAGGCGCGGGCAGAGAGAGAUCCUCGGCUUUCUUGCCUGGCGCCGCGAGGCUGGAGGGAGCGCGCGACACGGUGCAAAGCACCGCGCGUGCGUCUCGCUCUCAGCGGUAG